AGCAGCAACUACAGUAGAAAAGGCACGGGACUUGCUUUUCGUUACGUCAUCAUCCUUUCGCCACUGUUUAUGAAUCUGAAUCUACUUCCGAAAGCGGGUGGUCACGUGACUCCCAACAAGCGACUAGCUCUUCCGGUGUCACGGAGGUGUCGGCUACUCCAGGGAAAAGCUGCGGCGUGUCCGUGGAAGAAAGAGACUGUACAGAUGAUGGAGUUUCCCCAGCAUUCCCAGCAGCUGCUGUCAGCCCUGCGGUCGCAGCGCCAGCGGGGGUUCCUGUGCGACUGCACCGUCCUGGUGGGCUCCACCCAUUUCCUGGCUCAUCGGGCUGUUCUGGCCUCCUGCUCACCUUUCUUCCACAUGUUUUAUUGUGACUCUCUGAGCGGCAACGGUGCGUCCAGCGGCUCUGUCACACUUGACAGCGACAUCGUCUCGGCGCCUGCAUUCAGCCUGUUGCUGGACUUUAUUUAUGAAGGCGUGCUGCAGGUGGAGAAGUCGCCGCCGGUGGAGGACGUAUUGGCGGCGGCGAGCUUUCUGCACAUGAACGAGGUGGUGAGAGUGUGCAAAAAGAGACUGCAGAGACGAGGGCCUUUGGCUGAGGCAGAUAGCACUCGCCCUGAGGAGUGCCUGAGGAAGGGCGCAGAGCCCAGGAGGCAAGACGGGGGUGAUGUCAGCCUUGAGGCGGUGUUGACCAUGACAGCAGAGCACUCGAAUCACGACGCCAUGGCAGCAGGCCUCUCGUCGAUGUCUGCAAUGACAGAAAGGAGCCAGUUGGAGUCUGAGCACAAGACUGAUGCCAGUUUGUCAGAGACACGGGUUCAGAGCCCCUUGAGUCCUGAUCUCGCUGACACCACCCAACCGGGCAUGGAAGCCCCUCUUUUGCCUUCCGGUGGAGAGCGGGUGAAGGGCCUCGCUGCAGGACGGUCGAAGCUGGUGUCUGGAGGUACCAGCGGGUUGGGGGCUGGCAGCCAGGGUGACGGCUCAACUCUCUGCAGCCCGUGCAGCACCACUGAGACAUACAGUCACAGCAGCACCCAGCAGCCGUCCUCAUCCUCACUGCUCUCAGACGGCCAGGCACUGGCUGUUCCCCAAACAGAACCCGCAGAGCGUGAUCGGAGGCAUGUGGUGGAAGGAGCACAACGCACGGUCAUGGUGGUCCAGGUGCCGGACCGACCCUCGCGUGCACAAAAUGAGCCGCCACAUCCCCAUAUUCAAAUUCAGAGCUCCGUCUCACCCCAGCAGAGAAGACCUAACUCCCACCCCGUCACCCCCCAGACUCCUCAAAGCAGGGCUGGCCUUGAGGCGGAGACAGGAGGAAGCUCUCACCCUCUCAUGUGCCAAGAGGACAAUGAUGGUGAGAAUGUGGAAGCCAUUGUUAUUUCUGAUGAAGAACUAGAGGAGGAAAAAGAUGGAUGCAGGGGGAGUGAGCCAGUGGUGGAUGAUGACUCUGAAGAUGACCUCCAAGAGGAGGAGAUGAACACGCUCUCCUCUCACCAAAUCUCCUCCGACUACACCUUCCCUCUCUCCCCUUCCUCCUCUUCCUGCUCAGGGGCCGGCCCUUCCUCGCAGGACUUGUCAUCUUCAGCCGCCUCCUCUCUUCCUCCCCUGUCCACGGCACAGCCGCACUCGGACCACGCCACCUUUUUAACUGUCUUCCAGGACACCAUGGGGGUCAUCGUGGAGGACGUCCCGACGUGCUGCGUCUGCGGCAAAACCUUCUCGUGCACGUACACGCUGCGUCGCCACGCCAUCGUGCACACGAGAGAGCGCCCCUACGAGUGCCGCUACUGCUAUCGCAGUUACACGCAGUCCGGCGACCUCUACAGACACAUCCGCAAGGCCCACGACCAAACGCUGCCGGCCAAACGCAGCAAAGCUGACGUUGAGCAAACGCUGAUGCCACAACCCCCACCGCUCAGCCAACAUACUGACACACCCUCCUUAAACCAAAAUUCAACAUUUUAACUCCAUUUUUCACACACACAAACUAUUUUGUACGCGAUGGUACAUGAACUCAAAUGAGAUCCCCUUUUGAACAUUAUGUCUUGUUUUCUUCAUGUUUCCAUACCUAAUGAAGUGUAUAAACCAGCGAUUCCCACCCGGGGGUGCGUACCCCUAGCUGUAGGCUUGUGAACGAUAAACCGACGCAGCCGGAUAUCCGGUUUGACAUGCGAGAGAUGCGGCUGCAUCGGUAGCAGCCUCCUGGAUGGAGAAGAAUCAGCCGUAAAUCCUUAGAUGAAUGGAGCGUAAAGACCACCGGGUAUCGCAAGGCUAGCAACUGCUUGACGGUGCGUCUCUUUAAUAACACGAGAGCCUGGGCUGCCGGCGAAACAACUGCUCCGUAGCUUAGCGUGAGUGAAGACGAAGAUGGCUGUCUAGCCACCCGGAACGACAUCAGCAAAACACACGUACAUUAUAGCGAUCUAAUUGAUCUUAUUUAUUAUGUGUUGUGAAAAAGUAAGACAGCAACGACAUCAAAUUAAAAGCACGAAAUGAAUACAGUAUAGAGUAUGAGCCUGGAGUUUGUUUUUCAGAGAGGUUGCGCACCACAGAUAUACACAUUAGCUCUCAAUAAGGUAAUCAAAUCUUACCUUUAUGCAAUGGCACAAAGCAUCAGCAUUUGGGAGCAAAUAUGAGGUGAAAGAAAAAUGGGAAGAAUACAGCAUAGUAGUGGGAGAAAAUUAGAUGGUGCGGUCAAAGGCUGUUGAACAAAGUGGGACGGGUGUCCGCUCGCAACAAACAUAAACAUGCAGAGCUGGGGGAUUUCCAACUGUAUCUUCUUUUUUUGAAUAAAAUAAUGGCCCACAAUUACAAAAUUGAUAUCCCUUUACAUAAAAUUUGAUGUAGUUAUUUACAAUUAUUAUUUUUAUGUUUUGUACGUUUGUUUUUUUUUAAAUCACUGCACCUGAAAUGCUCCUGUGUCCUAGCGGUUGGGGACCUUUGCCUCAGCAUGCUUGGGGAUAUGAUGUGCUCUUUUAUACAUUUGAAAAUGUUGUAAGAAUGUUGUAAGAAUUUCCAAGAUAAGUAAAUACUCUCAGGCAAUAAACUGGAACGUGUGCGCUUCAACUAGUUUCCCCAGGGAGACAAUAAGAUGUGGCGCAGCUGCGUGCAGUUGUGUUACAUCAGUGAUUCAGCUUUUGGAUUAUUAUUAUUAUUAUUAUUAAUUAUCCACACGUGUGAGUGAGGGGGUACUCAUGGUAUGACAAAAAGACUCCGAGGGUAGUAGUUAAUAUUGUUAUGGUUUAAAAGACAAGGUUAUAUUUGCCGACAGAUGACUUCUCUUCUCUUUCCAGCAACGCACGGUGGACGCCUACUGGAGAAAUGGCUGUUUAUUCUUAACUUGUUUCUCUUAGUUCUAUCUUUAACGCUGCCCGGCUGUUGUUUAUCCUGUGCUUUUGUCUAGCAAUUACAGAUGGCCUAAUCAGACAUGAACAAGCAUUAUUUAUGAUCCUAGCUUAGCGCUAUUCGCUCGUCUAGUCCCUUCUGAGCGGUAACAAGGACCAGACGACGCAACAGUUGGCAUAUUAGGGGCUGCUUUGAAUAUACAACUAAGAUGGAAGUUCAGAAUAACCGUAUAAGUGCCAAUUUUUCCGGUGGUGAGUAGUUCUUUGUUGACUACGUUUAGUAUUUUCACCCUUUCGAAGGCGAAAGUUGUCAGCCCAGCAUUCGACUGACCAAUAAAAAGGCUUGUAUCGUCAGGGGAGGCCCCGCCCACAACAGGGACUGAGCGCUGCAAACUCAAAAAUGAGAUUUGCAUCCGCCGUUUCAGAAGUUCAUCCAAAACGAAGAGUUGCAAACAAACCUUCCAGAUUUGCAAAUAAAAGCUCUUUUUUGCUUGCAAAUCCAUUAUUUUGGUUUGCCGAUUUUUUUUUUGCUAGAAAAUCCUUUAUUUUUGUUUGCAAAUCUUUUUUUUACUUGCGAAUCCGUUAUUAAUCCAUUACUGAGAGCUGCAAAUUCAAGAAUGAGAUGUGCAUUCCGAAGUUCAGAGGUGCAUCCAAAACUUUGAGAGUUGCAAACAAAACUUUCCGCAUUUGCAAAUAAAAGCUCUUUUAAAAUUUUUUAAAAAGCAUGCAGUAGGUUGUUGCUAGAAGGCAAAAUCAGUAUGUCACUGUGUGAGUCUACUGUACACCUGGUAUGUGUUGCUUUAUAAACAUCAAAUCUACCUUUGCUGUAUACGGAGGGGGCACCUUUUAAUAAGGUGACAGUAAUCCCUCGUUUACCAUGGCUAGAUUAGAGGAUGAUUGGUGAAUUUCCGUGAAAUAGGAAUCCUUUAUAUCUGGAAUAUUUUGGUAGAUGUGGCAUAGAAAACCUGUUUAGGAUCUAUAUACGUUUUUUUUUUUUAUUAGGGUCAUCUAGACGUGAAAUAACACCCACCUUUACAUUGAAAUUAUCCAAUAUAAUAGCUAUAAUCACAGGAAGCAAGCCAUCUUGCAGGGGAGCAGAAUUGAUGGCGGACAGGAAGUGAUGUCGGGUGUUCAGAGUUGUGUUUUAGCUUGCUGUGGGCUAUUAUUAUGAUUCAUCUUCUUAAUAGUAAUACUUUUUCUUAUACUACAGUGUAUGAACAGAUUACAGGUCGAGCCUGGCCCUUUAAGAAGAAUAGCAUUGUGGGAAGUUGAGUCUUUCACUUCCCUCUCUUGUCUGUCUGCACCGCCCAGUAUUUUCUGCGUCCUGAUUGGCUGUAGACCACUGUUGAUCAAUCUCCUUCGUGCCACCUUGCCUUGUCUGCUGUGUCAUCGCUAGCUUGCCAGCUUGUAAAUGAAUCUUAGGUUCGAAGGAGGUGGACUGCAACAGGAGGAGUACUGCAGCAACAUGUUUUAACAACAAUACGAAAACGCUACAGUACUGCAGAAUGGCACCACGAUGAAAAGGCACACUCAGAUGAGUGAAAUACGCCAAAGAAGUAAGCAUUACUGUCCACCGGUUGGUCAUGGACAGCCGAGGAAGCUAGCAAGACACAGCAGUGCAGAUGAAAUCACAUGGAUUACAUGUUUCAACUUUCUUCAGUCUUCCACCGGUCCAUGAAUCUACCAAGACACCAAACAUACGACGUCAAACUUCCAUCGCCAUCCUAACAGACAAAUAUCGAUCUCCAAGGACGGGGUGAGUCACGUGGUGUCCACUGCCAGUUUUAUGAGUACAGUAUAAGAGUAUCCAGUGAGGGCCACAUAGUGAAAAAUGAAUUUAGCCACUUUAUAUUUUGUAAGCUAAGAGGUUAUAUAUAUUACAAGAAAAUAAUUCACCCCAGCAUUUUUAUUAAGUUGAAGUGAAAAAGCCUAUUUUUAUUUUUUUCCCCCAAAUAUAUUAGCUUUCUUCUUAAAUAAUCUUUGGAAAUUUUCUUUUCGUAAAAUUAUGACAUUAUAACAUUUUCCCCAACCUAAUAGUCCAAAAAUUACAACUUUAUUUUGUUUUCUUUGUCAUAAUAUUACGGCUGCUAAAAAAAUAACGCAUUUUUCUUCAUAUUUCCACUGUAUGCUACUAAAAUCUUUCCUCAUAAAAAAUUGUAAAUCCUUGUAAAAUUGCAACUUUUUUUCUUGUUAUAGUAGGACUUUUUUUCUGUUAAUAUUUUGACUUCAUUCUGGUAAAAUUACAGUUUUCCCACCGAUUUCAGCAGUUUUUUGUUGUUUUUUUUCCGCCAGCUAUUUCUACUUUCUUCCUGUAAAUGUUCAUCUCAUAUUAUGACUUUAUUCCCAUAAUGUCAAAACAUUUCCCCCAACUUGAUGUUGUAAAAAUGACAACUUUAUUUUGUUUUCAACCUGAAAAAUAACGUAAGCACCCGGAGAACUGGUAUGACACGACAAAGAAUCUCUGCGGCCGGGCUACGGCUGGAUAAUCAGCAUGUCGCACGCGCGCCCUCUUGAAUUUUUUAGCACGUAGACCGGCCGCAGGAGCGCAUACGACCGGUUGUGAGCUACUCUUAAAAUGUGACUUUUUUCUGUAAAUAUUCUGACUUUGUUCUCGUAAAAUUGCAGCUGUUUUUUCCCCAUUUCUGCAGUUUCUUUCAACAUAAACUUUCUACCUGUAAAUUUUCAUCUUGUACUAUGACUUUAUUUCUAUUAUAUUCUGACUUUACUCUCAUAUCAUUAGAACUUAUAACCUAAUUUUCCAUAAAUUACAAUUUCAUUUUGUUUAUUUGUAUUUUACUUUCUCAUAAUAUGACUUAAAUAUUUUAUGCCUUUCAUAUUUCAACGUUAUGCUACUAAAAUUUGAUUAUUUUUCCUCAUGUUACUAUUCUCAUAAAGUCUUUCAUCUCCUAAUGUGAUGUUGUUUUUUCUUUAGUUUUCCUGUUAAAUGAUAUUCUUAGAAUGUGCCGCGGGCCGCACUCUGGACACCCCCGGUAUAGCUUCUGUAGAGUGUCCUAAAAAAGAUGCGCUGUCUUUUAGAGGAAAAUCAUUCACCGCUUCAGCGAGCUCAGGCCAGUCCAUCGCCAUCACCACUGCGUCGUCUGAGUUAGGAGGCGUCUCGAGGUUCCAGUAAGUCAGCUUGUCGAACAAUGAGGACACCCUAAGGGUCCUGUCCUGUACACGCGCAAACGUAAAAGACAGACAGUAACAAAAUCCUUAUUUUAGUAGCCCUAUUGCAAGAUCACAGCGAUGCUUACCUCCUGAUCAGAGCCAGUCUUGUUGAUCUCCUUGAGGACAAGUCCAGUGUAGCCUUGCGGACAGGAGAGGUCCUGCCCUUUGAGACCACGACCCCUGAAUGACACCGUCUUCUCUGUAAUGGAAAAACAUACGUCAACGCUCAAGCGGCAAACAACGAAAAUUACAUUUAUUGAUAAAUUUAGUCUACCGUGUUUGCGGUCCUUUAUGGCUGCAGUGAAGUACUGUGAGAUCUGUGCCGGCCCAUUGUGCUCAAUCUCACAGGGGAUGAGGUGCAGUGGUUCCCAGGGUGCCUGGCGCACAGAUGAUGCAUCAACACGGGUCACGUUGCCUGAAGAGGACAUCCUCCAGCCUGGUCCAAAUACGUUUAUCUUAAAGAACUCUGUUCCAGUUGGCAGCAGCUCUUUGGACAGGGAGGGAAGGGGGUGGCUGGAUUAAAGCCUUCUCUGACUUAUGGGCGCUCGGAGGAGGUUCCUGAUCACAACAUUUCAUCCAGACCGUGUUGAGCCACAGACCAAGACUUGACAUUCCUGAGUGGUUGAACAGACAA